AUCUUGAUUUCACUUAUAGUUCAAUUGUGUGAAAAAGUUGGAGUUUUUUUUUUUUUUUUUUUUUUUGGUUCCAGUUUUGGGUGUUUUGGAAUCUUGAUUUCACUUGUAAUUGAAUUGUGUGAAAAAUUAUGGUCUUUUUGGAGUUCUAGCUAGUUCCUCAAAAAAAAAAAAAAAAAAGAGGUAGUUCUUCUAUGCAGUUUAUAUGAUUCCAGUUUUGGGUAUUUCUGGAAUCUUGAUUUCACUUAUAAUUGAAUUGUGAAAAGUUGGAGUCUUUUUGGUGAGUUUAUAUGGUUCCAGUUUUGGGUGUUUUGGAAUCUUGAUUUCACUUGUAAUUGAAUUGUGUGAAAAGUUAUUGUCUUUUUAGGGUUCUAGCUAGGUCCUCAAAAAAAAAAAAAAAAAAAAAAAAAAAGGAGCUAGUUCUUCUAUGCAGUUUAUAUGAUUCCAGUUUUGGGUAUUUAUGGAAUCUUGAUUUCACUUGUAAAAAGUUGGAGUCUUUUUGGGGUUCUAGCUAGCUCCUCUAUGCAGUUUAUAUGAUUCAAAUUUUGGGUAUUUCAUAUUAGUUUUUUUUUUUUUAAAGCUCUAAUACUUGAGAGCUUUGAAUGGUUGUUGUUGUGAAGUUGAAGCCUUUGAAAAUUUUGGGUUCUAUAAGUAUUGAGGUCUGAGCAGGGUAUUAUUGGAAUCUUGAUUUUAAUUGCAGUUGAAUUGUGUGAAAAAAGUUGGAGUCUUUUUGGGGUUCUUGUUAGUUAUUUUAUGCAGUUUAUGUGAUUCCAGUUUUGGGUAUUUGGAAUCUUGAUUUCACUUGUAAUAUAACUGUGAAAAGUUGGAUUCUUUUUGGGGUUCUAGCUAGUUCCUCUAUGCAGUUUAUAUUAUUCCAGUUUUUCAUAUAUUUGUUUUUAAAGCUCUAAUACUUGAGAGCUUUGAAUGGUGGUUGUUGUUGUGAAGUUGAAGCCUUUGAAAUUAUUGAGGUCUGAACAAGGUAUUAUUGGAAUCUUGAUUUCAGUUGCAGUUGAAUUGUUUGAAAAAGUUGAGUUUUUUGGGGUUCUUAGCUACUUCCUCUAUGCAGCUUAUGUGAUUCCAGUUUUCGGUAUUUGGAACCCAUUUUGAACCAACCCGCCCAUUUGCCACCUCUAAAUUAUGGGUUGUGUUUGUGGUAAACUUUCUCGGGGUGUCAAAGAUCGGCGGGGUGGUCAAAAGAAGAGAGAAUUAGCUAAAGGGUCAUCAGCUGUGGGUUCAGAGAGAGAAAAGAGUUUUAGGGUGAAAGAGAAAUCAGAGAAUGGCGAUCUUAGAGUUGGUUCAUUCGAUAGGAAACCUAAUGGAUCUAGAAGGGUCGGGGAUGAUCACUAUGAGAAAGUUAAUGGAAAGAUUGAAGCUGUUGUCCCGAAAGCAAUGGAAGGGGAGUUGAUUGCUGCAGGUUGGCCUUCUUCGCUUGCUGCUGUAGCCGGUGAAGCUAUUAAUGGUUGGAUUCCACGCAAGGCUGAUACUUUUGAGAAAUUAGAUAAGAUUGGACAAGGGACUUAUAGUAGUGUAUACAAGGCUCGUGAUCUGGUUAAUGAUAAAGUUGUUGCGCUCAAAAGAGUGAGGUUCGAAAAAAUGGAUCCUGAAAGUAUCAAAUUUAUGGCAAGGGAGAUUGUUAUUCUUCGGAGACUUGAUCAUCCAAAUAUCAUCAAAUUGGAAGGCAUGAUAGUAUCAAGAACAUCUUGUAGUUUGUACCUUGUCUUUGAGUACAUGGAACAUGAUCUUACUGGGCUGGCGUCUCUUCCCGGUAUUAAAUUUUCCGAACCGCAGGUUAAAUGUUACAUGCGGCAGCUUUUAAGUGGACUUGAUCAUUGCCAUAGUAGGGGUGUGCUCCAUCGGGACAUCAAGGGUUCUAAUCUUCUUAUUGACAAUCAUGGCACUUUAAAGAUUGCAGAUUUCGGGUUGGCAAACUUUUUCGAUAACCAGCAAAGUGUUCCAUUAACAAGUCGUGUUGUGACCCUUUGGUAUCGACCGCCAGAGCUCUUACUCGGAGCAAGUCAUUAUGGAGCUGCAGUAGACAUGUGGAGUACCGGCUGCAUACUCGGAGAAUUAUAUGUUGCCAAGCCCAUAAUGCCUGGUAGGACAGAGGUGGAGCAACUACAUAAGAUCUUUAAGCUUUGUGGUUCGCCAACUGAGGAUUAUUGGAGAAAAACAAAACUAUCUUAUUCAGCAGUAUUUAAACCUAUACAGCCUUACAAACGGCGUAUUGGGGAAAGAUUUAAGGAGCUUCCUCCAUCUGCCGUGGGGUUAUUGGAGACAUUACUUUCUAUAGAUCCCGCACUUAGAGGAACAGCAGUUGGGGCUCUCGAGAGUGAGUUCUUCACCACGAAGCCGUUUGCUUGUGAUCCUUCGAGUCUGCCAACAUACCCUCCCAGCAAGGAAAUUGAUGCGAAACUGCGGGAAGAGGAAUCUAGAAGGCGAAGGAAUGCAAAUGGGUCAAAAGAACGUCAAGCAGCUCCAGCACAUGACGCUAAUGCCAAGUUGGCUAGCUCAAUGCAGAGGAGACAGAGCGGUUCCAAUCCUAAGAGCCAAAGUGACCGGUUCAAUCCCUCGAACGAAGCUGCUACUCGUUUUCCAAAUGAUCCACCUAAAGCAUCACAAGCAGUGAAACAAACUACGAAAGACCACCUGGAGAAUCUUUCCGAUAGAUUUUCAGUCAAAAAUCACCUCGACGAUAUUUCAGAGACAUUUUCUCAUCCAGUCCCUCUGGCUCUAGGGGUAUUUGGGAAGAAAUAUGAUGAUAUUUCCAUUGGUCCCGAUAGAGCCGACUUGUCAGACUUGGUAGCAUCCAGGUCCGUUGUGUCUGGAGACGAUCGAGAUAGAUGUGUUCAGCAGAACGAUGCUGGUUCUAAUCUAUUUGAAAGUGGAAGGGCUAGCAAGGAGGCAAAUAUGCAUGACCAUGGUUACAAGGGAAACGAAAUCCAUUAUUCUGGUUCACUACUAGUUGCAUCAAGUAAAGUGGAUAAAAUGCUUAAAGACCGCGAUCGUCACCUCCAGGAAGUUGCACGACGAGCAAGGUUCGAGAAGGCAUGAGCAGGUUAAGCUCAGACUCAUGGAAUGUGAUACACAUGCAACUCUAUAUAAAAUAAAUAUCUCUAGUUUAGGAACAAGGUAGAUAAGCAUAAGCAUAUAUAUAUAUAGAGAUGAAAGAGAUUUUUCUUGUAAAUCAUAACUAGGUCUAUGUACAUUUCUUCUGAGGAAUUGUAAAUAUAUUAUACUUAUAGAACUAAGAGGAAAUCUGGUUAAUAUGAAGACUGUAAAUUAGCAGCCAUAAGUGCUGUACAUACCGUUCUUUUUUUGUGUUAUGUUCAUGUGUUUUUGGACA